GAAUGGUCCGGCAGUGGAACGCUGAAUAUUAGAGGAGAUGAGAUACUGGACCCGAACACAAUUUAAGGCAGCUGGAUUAACAUACAUUGUAACUACACAAUGAUACGUUUCCUGUUGCUCUUCAGUCGGCAGGCGAAGCUCCGCCUACAGAAGUGGUACACGCCCCUCAGUGACCGGGAGAAAAAGAAGAUUAUCAGAGACAUGACCCUGACCAUCCUGGCACGACCUCCGCGGUCCUGUAACUUCCUGCAGUGGAGAGACCUGAAGAUUGUUUAUAAAAGGUACGCCAGCCUGUAUUUCUGCUGUGGUUUGGAGGAGCAGGACAACGAGCUGGUGGCUCUGGAGUUCAUACACAGAUACGUGGAGCUGCUGGACCAGUACUUCGGCAACGUGUGUGAAUUAGACAUCAUCUUUAACUUUGAGAAGGCCUAUUUUAUUCUGGAUGAGUUUGUCAUUGGUGGAGAGAUUCAGGAGACAUCCAAACUGUGUGUGGCUAGGUCUAUGGAGGAGUCUGAUUCUUUACAGGAGACCAUGGAAGAGUACGUAAACAAACCCACUUACUGAAGAGGGAUGGAGGGAUG